AUGGCUCCAGUAAGCUUAGUUGGAGUUUUCAUAGCCAUCUUUUGCUUUUUCAUAUUUCAUUCCUUCCUCUUCAAGAAACCUCAUAACCGACUCCUUAGAAAUUGGCCUAUUAUUGGCAUGCUUCCAGACCUUAUCCUGGUGCUCCACCGUGUCUACAACUUCACUGUAGAUCUUCUUGAAAACAACAACUUAACAUUUUCAUUCAAGGGACCAUGGUUUGCGGGAAUGGAUAUGUUACUUACGGCAGAUCCAGCUAACAUUCAUCACAUAUUGAGUUCAAACUUCUCAAAUUACAUCAAAGGACCGGGGUUUCAAGAUGUUUUUGAUGUGUUCGGAAACGGAAUAAUCACAACGGACUCGGAGCUAUGGAAGAAUCUGAGGAAAUCUUAUCAAGCUAUGCUCCAUCACCAACGGUUUCAAAGGUUUUCGGAGAGUACUUUGGCAAGUAAGCUGAAGGAUGGGCUUAUUCCUCUUCUCGAUCAUUUUGCAGAGGAAGGCACACCUGUGGACUUGCAAGACGUGUUUGGGAGGUACACUUUUGAUACGGUCUUAAUCCUUAUAACCGGUUCUGAUCCUAAAUCUCUAUCUAUUGAAAUGCAUGAGGACGAGUUUGCUAAAGCUCUCGACGAUGUUGGAGAAGGAAUUUUGUAUAGACAUGUUAAGCCAAGGUUUUUGUGGAAGCUGCAUAACUGGAUGGGAUUCGGACAUGAGAAGAAGAUGGCCCAAGCUAAUGCAACUUUUGACCGUGUGUGUGCCAAAUACAUUUCAGCCAAGAGAGAUGAGAUAAGAAAAUCACAAGGCAUUAUUGAAAAUUCCGAUGGAGAGAGUGAGGACCUCUUAACUUCCUUCAUAAAGCUAGAUACAACCAUGUACAAGCUCUUGAAUCCAAGGGACGAUAAGUUCCUCAGAGACACAAUCUUAGCCUUCAUUCUUGCGGGAAGAGAUACAACUGCCUCUGCGCUCACUUGGUUCUUCUGGCUUCUUUCUGAAAAUCCUCAAGUUUUAACUACGAUUCGUCAAGAGAUCAUCCACACAAAUCUAGCAAGGUCUAGAGAUCACCAAGAUAAUUUGGACAAGUUGGUGUAUUUACAUGGUGCAUUGUGUGAAGCAAUGAGGCUCUAUCCACCAGUUGCCUUCGGGCGCAAGUCUUCAAUCAAAUCAGAUGUGCUUCCAAGUGGGCAUGUUGUAGAUGCAAACUCCAAGGUUAUUAUAUGUCUUUAUGCAUUGGGGAGGAUGAGAAUUGUUUGGGGAGAAGAUGCAAUGCAAUUCAAGCCAGAGAGAUGGAUUUGUGAGGAUGGACGCUUAAAACAUGAGCCAUCCUUCAAGUUUUUAUCAUUUAAUUCUGGUCCAAGAACUUGUCUAGGCAAACAUAUAGCUAUGACUCAAAUGAAGGAGGUGGCAGUGGAGAUUUUACAGAACUAUGACAUUAAGGUUGUCAAGGGGCAAAAGAUUGAGCCAGUUCUUGGUUUUAUAUUGUCAAUGAAGGAUGGACUUAAAAUCACAAUUAGUAAGAGAUGUUCUGUUUGA